UACCAAUUCGUCCUUCUAUAAAUUAUCUAUAUACGUAUACUUCUAUAGAAACAGGAAACUUCUAUUCAUUUUGCUAGAUUUUUUUUCGAUUUGAUCGGAGUUGAGUGAUAAUAUGGCAUCGGAGCAGUUAAUCUCCGGCGGAGCAACCGGAUCUCACUACGUGCAAAUGCAAUCUGAGCCGUCCAGACUGUCAUCGCUCUUCUCGUUUCAUCAAAAUCCGCCGGAAACAACUCGAAUUUUCGAUGAGUUGCCCGAGGCUACAAUUGUGCAGGUUUCGCGUCCAGAUGCCGGUGAUAUUAGUCCGAUGCUUCCUUCGUACACGAUUGAUUUUCAGUAUAAACAGAACCCUUGGCUGCAGUUCAAGUGGCAGUUAGUGAAGAAAGCUUCACACGUAUUUUAUUUACACUUUGCAUUGAAGAAACGUGCCUUUUUCGAAGAAAUUCACGAGAAACAAGAACAGGUUAAAGAAUGGGUUCAAAACCUCGGAAUAGGGGACCACCCAGCAGUUGUGCAUGACGAUGACGAUGAACCUGACCACAAUGUAACAGCACUAAUUAACGAGGGAAGCGUUAAAAACAGAGAUGUUCCAUCAAGUGCAGCCUUACCAAUGAUACGCCCAGCACUUGGGAGGCAACAUUCUAUUUCGGAUCGAGCAAAGACCGCAAUGCGGGAAUACUUGAAUAAUUUUCUUGGGAACUUGGAUAUUGUGAAUUCCAGAGAGGUUUGCAACUUUAUGGGUGUUUCUAAGUUAUCCUUUUGCCCGGAGUAUGGCUCCAAGCUAAAAGAAGAAUAUGUAUUAGUGAAGCAUUUACCGAAAAUUCCCGACAGGGAAAAUGGCAGAAAAUGUUCCGCGUGUAUUUGGUUCAAUUGUUGUAAUGACAAUUGGCAAAAGGUAUGGGCUGUAUUGAAACCGGGAUUCAUAGCCCUGCUAAAAGAUCCAUUUGAAGCUGAGCCGUUGGACAUAAUUGUCUUCGAUGUUCUACCUCCUUCAGUUGGGAAUGGAGAAGGUCGUGUAUCAUUAGCAAAAGAAACCAACGAGCAUAAUCCCUUACGGCAUUCUUUUCUGGUAUCAUGUGGAAGCCGGAGCAUAACAAUAAGAAGUAGAAAUAAAACAAAAGUACGGGACUGGGUUGCUGCGAUUAACGAUGCUGGACUGAGGCCACCUGAGGGCUGGUGUUACCCUCAUCGGUUCGGUUCAUUUGCUCCACCUCGUGGUCUGACAGAUGAUGGCAGCCAGGCUCAGUGGUUCGUUGAUGGUCGAGCAGCAUUUGAAGCAAUUGCUUUAGCAAUUGAAGGUGCAAAAUCAGAGAUAUUUAUUUGUGGGUGGUGGUUGUGUCCUGAAUUGUAUUUGAGACGUCCCUUUCUAGCCCAUGCUUCAUCUCGCCUUGAUAAUUUACUUGAGGCAAAAGCCAAACAAGGUGUUCAGAUUUACAUUCUCAUGUAUAAAGAGCUUGCUCUUGCACUGAAAAUUAAUAGUGUCUAUAGUAAGAAAAAGCUGGUUGCAAUCCAUGAAAAUGUAAGAGUUUUACGUUUCCCAGACCAUUUCUCUAGUGGUGUAUAUCUAUGGUCCCACCAUGAGAAACUGGUGAUUGUUGAUAAUGAUGUUUGCUUCAUUGGUGGACUCGAUCUUUGCUUUGGUCGCUACGACACAUAUGAGCACAAAGUGGGUGAUGACCCUGCUAUGUUUUGGCCUGGAAAGGACUACUAUAACCCCCGGGAAUCUGAACCAAACUCGUGGGAAGAUACAAUGAAGGAUGAGCUGGACCGUAAAAAGUAUCCUCGUAUGCCAUGGCAUGAUGUCCAUUGUGCAUUAUGGGGCCCACCAUGUCGUGAUGUUGCUCGACACUUUGUCCAGCGUUGGAACUAUGCAAAGAGAAACAAAGCUCCCAACGAACAAGGUAUUCCGCUACUUAUGCCUCAACAACACAUGGUUAUCCCACAUUACAUGGGCAACAAUAUAGUAGAGGAUGAAAAUUCAACAGUUAUGGACGACGCUCAUAAAGUAAUCAACAGAAGAAAUUCUUCUUCCUCUGCAUCUUCUGAAGACAUCCCAUUGCUAAUCCCGCAAGAAGCUGAUGGAGUGGAUGCUUCUAAUGGACAAUUGAAUACUAACGGGUCAAACGAUUAUCAUGGUCAACCAAGUAGGACUUCUUUUUCUUUCAGGAAAUCCAAAGUUGAACCUUUGGUUCCAGAUAUGCCGAUGAGAGAUUUCGUGGAUGAACGACAUGCUGUAAAUCUUGAGCAAGAAUCGUUCACUGGUGUGAACCCUAUUGACAAAGAAUGGUGGGAGAAUCAGGAGCGAGGUAACCUGGUUGUUUCUGCAGAUGAAACAGGACAAGUUGGUCCUCGUGUUGCUUGUCGUUGUCAGGUUGUAAGGAGUGUCAGUCAAUGGUCAGCUGGGACAAGUCAAGUUGAAGAGAGCAUUCACAAUUCUUAUUGUUCCCUUAUUGAGAAAGCUGAACACUUUGUGUACAUUGAGAACCAAUUCUUCAUCUCGGGUCUUUCUGGAGAUGAGAUCAUACGAAAUCGUGUUUUGGAAUCCUUGUACAGACGUAUCAUCAGGGCAUAUCAUGAAAAACAACAUUUCAGGGUCAUUGUUGUUAUACCACUCUUACCUGGCUUCCAGGGUGGUUUAGAUGAUGGGGGGGCUGCAUCUGUAAGAGCCAUAAUGCAUUGGCAGUAUCGAACAAUAUCAAGAGGAAACAGUUCUAUAUUACACAAUCUAUCUGAUCUUCUUGAUUCGAGAGUUCAUGAUUACAUAUCUUUCUAUGGUCUGAGGGCUUAUGGUAGACUUUCUGAUGACGGUCUUAUCGCCUCUAGUCCGGUGUAUGUGCAUAGUAAGGUUAUGAUAGUUGAUGACAACACAGUCUUAGUUGGAUCUGCUAAUAUCAAUGAUAGGAGUUUGCUUGGCUUACGAGAUUCCGAGAUUGGAGUGCUUAUUGAAGAUAAGGAAUUUGUUAAAUCUUCCAUGGGAGGAAAGCCAUGGAAGGCUGGAAAAUUUGCAUUAAGUCUUCGCCUUUCACUAUGGUCUGAGCACCUUGGUCUUCAUAGUACAGAGAUUAACAAAAUAGCCGACCCAGUGAUCGAUUCCACCUACAAAGAUAUAUGGAUGGCAACUGCAAGGACGAAUACCAUGAUAUACCAAGAUGUCUUCUCUUGCAUCCCUAAUGAUCUUAUACAUUCCAGAGCAUCUUUAAGGCAAUGUGUGAUUGAGAGAAAGGCAAAACUCGGGCAUACUACGAUCGAUUUAGGAGUAGCCCCAAAGACUCUUGAAUCGUAUGAAGACGGAAAUGUGAAGGGAAUUGACCCGAUGGAUAGAUUACAAGCGGUAAAGGGACAUCUGGUUUCUUUCCCUACGGAAUUUAUGUUGGAAGAAGAUUUAAGACCCAUGUUUAAAGAAAGCGAGUAUUAUGCGUCACCUCAAGUUUUUCACUGAGUGAUGAAUAUUAUGAAUUUGAUAACAUAACAUUCAUCAAUGGGGUUUCACCCUUUUGGGGUCAAUACCGUAAAUAUUAACAACACCAGAAAGCGCGUGCUCUCUGCUCCCUUGUUGUUUUGGAUUCUAGGGACGAGGUGCGAAUAGUACCUAAAAGACACACAUAAGCUUCGUUCAUAUAUAUAUAUAUUGUAUAUCUGUCUAUUCAUGGUGAGUUGCAGCUUGCAAUCUGAACUGAUGGCAAGUCUUUGGAGUUGGUUCACAAUGGUCCGCCGGAUCACGAACCUUGAUCACAGCCAGUGUAGCUUGUCUCUCACAGGCUUACCACUGUUGGUCUAUUCAGGACAUCCAAGCGGGUUCAAGUGACGUGAAUUGGCUCUUUUGGGGUCAUGGUGAUGCUUUGUUUUGUCGUACAGUUUUCACUGAUGCACCUCUUGUAAAACAUUAAUGUCUUAAUAUUUUGAAUUUUCAUGUUGUAAUUAGAUGGUCAACCUGAACACAAUUCAUCUAUAAAAAAGAUUAAAUAAUUCAAAAUC